AAGGGGGCGUGGCAGGAAGUUGGGAGUCCAGACUGAGCCAGAGGAGGUGGCAGAGCUUGCAAGUUCGGCACGAUGGUGGAUUCCCAGUAUGUCCUCCCCAACGAUAUCGGCAUCGCGACGCUGGACUGCGCAGAAGCCUUCCGCCUCUUGUCGCCCGAGGAGCGGCUCUACGCCCAUUACCUGUCGCGGGCUUGUUGGUACGGAGGGCUUGUGGUCUUGCUGCAGACCUCCCCCGAAUCCCCCGCCAUCUACGCUUUGAUUUCCCGGCUCUUUCGAACCCAGGAUCCGACCGACUUGGGAGAGACGGCGCACGCUCUCGGCCUCUCAGAUGAAGAGUAUCAAGCCUUCCUGGUUUAUGCUGCUGCCGUCUACGCCAACAUGGGCAACUACAAGUCCUUUGGGGACACCAAAUUUGUCCCCAACCUUCCCAAGGAGAAGCUGAAGCAGUUGGUGUGGAAGAGCCAGGCGUUCAAGGACCACCCGGAAGAGAUGGAGGCCCUGUGGGGACAAUGCGGGGAUCUCAUGUUCUCCUUAGAGCCCACGCAAAAACACCUGGGGCUCUGCGGACAGGUAAGUUGCCCGCUCACCAAGAUAUACAGAUGUCAGGUGGUGCAAUGCUGGAACAUCAGUGCUUACAACACGAGGCUCUUUAAGAAAGAAGUCGACGGGAAAGUGAGCUACGAAGUCCGCCUGGCUUCGGUGUGUUCGGAUGAUUCCCAGCUUGAUGCCGAUUUGGCCGCCAAGAUGAAAUGCUUCCCGUUUGGCGACUGCGAGUUCUCCAUGACGCUCGGCGACUAUGCCCCGCUUCUGCAGAAAGUGGUGGAGAAUCUACAGAAAGCUCAGGUAGAGACUGAUGUCUCAUUCCCUCUCCCAAAAAUAAAUCCAAGGACCCCAAUACAAAACUUGAAUGGACCCUACCCAAUCCCUGCUUCCUCGAAUUGCCAGGACAAGAGGUUGGACCUGUACAUCAAAUGGAAAGGCCCCUCUUUCGAGGUGCAAGUGGGCCUCCACGAACUCCUGGGCCACGGCAGUGGGAAGCUGUUUGUCCAGUUUUCCUGUCCUUCAUCCCAGAUUCGGAGUUGGUACCGUGGAGGCGAGACCUGGGACAGCAAGUUUUCAAGCGUGGCGUCGAGUUACGAGGAAUGCCGGGCCGAGUGUGUGGGGCUUUAUCUCUGCCUGAAUAAGGAGGUCUUGGGGAUCUUUGAGCUGGAGGGUGAAGACGCUGAGGAUGUCAUCUACAUCAACUGGCUGAACAUGGUCCGGGCGGGUGUCCUGGCGCUGGAAUUCUACACACCUGAAUCCGGAUCCUGGCGGCAGGCCCAUAUGCAGGCCCGCUUUGUCAUCCUGAGGGUCCUCCUCGAAGCUGGCGGAGGGUUGGUGUCCCUCCGUCACACCACGGGAACCGACGGCAAACCUGACGCCGUCGUCUCGCUGGACCGGAGCAAGAUCUCCACGGUGGGGAAGCCGGCACUGGAGCGUUUCCUGCGAAAGCUGCAGGUGCUGAAGUCCACGGCGGACGUGGCCGGAGGACGGGCGCUUUACGAGACCUACUCCGCUGUGACGGACAAAGGACCGGAGCGUUUCCUGACCCUGCGGCACACAGUGCUCCUGCGCAAAGAGGCACGCAAGCUCUUUGUGCAAGCCAACACACGCUUGGAAGGAGAUGAUGUUGUCCUCGUGCAAUACGAAAGCAGUGCCGCGGGCCUGAUCAGGUCCUUCCGCGACCGCUUUCCCGAUGAUGGCGAAGUCCUGGAGCGACACCUGAUGGAUUUGGCCCAUGCGGACGCCCACUUCUGGGGAAAGUGAGGCCCUGAAACAAUGCUUUGCCACCCACGGCUUCCAGAUUCCCUUUACCUGGGAAGCUCUGCAAGCCAUCACUUUCCCCGGGUUGCACUCAAUAAACAAAAAACAUGAGUUUGUACAAAA